AUGGAGAGCAAGGAGAACUCCGCGCACUCGGCGCCGCCUCUCAAUAGGCCGCGCGGGAAGCGCAAGGCCCUGGCCGAGCUCCCCACGUCCACCGGACCGAACACGAACCACGGCUCGGCGCCGCGUUCGUCCAAUCCGAGGACGCGGUCGGCGGCGCGGACGGAGGCCGAGGCGGAUGAGGCGAGGAAGCGGCAGGAGGCCGAAGACGCCGCGCGCGGGCCGACGUGGGCCGGCCGCUGGACCCGAGGCCGCCUGGAACCGAAGCGGCCAAGGCGGCGGUCGCGCCGUACGUCGGGGACAUCGACCGGUACCUCCGGUCCCUGGAGCAAGUAUGAAGAAAUUGAGUCUUCUAAGAUGAAGGUGAACAGAUACACUGAUAUCACGGAUGACACUUACACCAAGCAGCAAGUGGUGAAGAUGGAGGCUGACUUACUGAAAUCUCUUAGGUUUGAGAUUGGGGGUCCCACUGUAACAACAUUUCUAUGGAAAUUCAUAGCUUCGUGUCGUGGAGGCAAUAGUAUAAACAGAGGAAAACUGGAGUCCAUGUGUAGCUACCUUGCGGAAUUGAGCUUGCUGGAUUAUGACUGCAUAAGCUACCUACCCUCAGUACUUGCUGCUGCAUGCCUGUUUGUAGCCAGAUUCACAAUCCACCCAAAGACUCGACCUUGGAACUUGACACUUGAACAAAACACGGGGUAUAAAGUCUUUGAUCUGCAGAAAUCCAUUUAUGUCAUACAUGAAUUGCAGUUGACAAUAAGUUUGGGUGCGUGUCGACAAUGGCUUCACCACGAGAAAUCCCUACAUCUUUCCUUGAAGAUUGCCAUAAGUGAAGUCUGGACUCUGGAGAAUGGUUUUUGCAGUAAUGCUGCAGGCGAUGCAGAAAAUAGUUUGAUGGAGUUAUCAGUUAGCACUAACCCAUGA